AUGUUGAGAGUAGCAGUAGCCAAGGCACGACACCAAGAUGGUGUAGAAUUUCAAGGUCAACUUCCUGAGAAAAACUUGAAAUCCUACAUUAGUAAAGUGGGCGAUGCAUUGCAGAAUCUCCAUAGUGGUAAUACCCUUAGCCACGCUAACUUGAGUAUGGAUAUAUCACUUGAUUCCGUUCAAGUACUUGACAAAGUUAGGGAGAAACUAGAAGUACUUUUAUGA